AUUGUUAGAGAAGGCAAGCUUCAAGCAGCAUGCAGGUCCAAUCAACUGUCUGUUCGAGAUGCACAUCUGAAAUAAAGCAACAUAGGUGGAGCUGACGGUUUCAAUAAAGAUAAAUUGAAAAUUGUGGCACCUGUAGUAAGAUUAUAUUGUCCAAACAGCUAACAGGCUUCUUCAGCUACAACUAUCCUCAGAGGAUCAAAAAACCAACCCUGCCAGUAACUGAAUUGAAGUUGUUAUCUUCUUGGGAUUUUAAAAACAUCAGCUAGUGCAUUUUAAAGAAGCUUUAGUCAUUUGCUGACUAAUUUUCAACUUUUUCUCAGGAAUAGUUCUGCUAUUUGGACCUUUCCUUGUUGGAGAAAAAAAAAGACACGAACACACUGAAAUAUUAAAAACUACUGAAGCACAUAGUCAUCAGUGGCCACAAAGAUCGGUUACUCACUUGAAUGAAAAAGAAUCGUGAACUUGGAGGCAAUGGACAACAAGAACCAGGUUGCAGAGAUCCUGUUGUCCCUAUCACCUCUGGAGGUUGUUGGACUUAAAGAAGGAAUCAAUUUUUUUCGUAAUAAGAAAAGUGGCAAAAACUACAUCUUGUAUAAAGAUAAAAACCACCUUCGAGCAUGCAAGAAUAUGUGCAAACACCAAGGAGGAUUGUUUAUAGAAGACAUUGAAGAUUUAGAUGGAAGGUCUGUACGUUGCACAAAGCAUAAUUGGAAGCUGGAUGUGAGCACUAUGAAGUACAUCAAUCCUCCAGAUAGUUUCUGUCAAGAUGAACUAGUCAUUGAAAUGGAUGAAAAUAAUGGACUUUUGCUAAUGGAGUUGAACCCUCCUAACCCUUGGGAAGCAGACCCUCAUCCUCCUGAAGACUUAGCUUUUGGAGAGGUUCAGAUAACAUACCUCACCCAUGCCUGCAUGGAUCUCAAAUUAGGAGAGAAAAAAAUGAUAUUUGACCCUUGGUUAACUGGCCCUGCCUUUGCUAGAGGAUGGUGGUUGCUACAUGAGCCUCCCUUGGAUUGGCUAGAGAGGCUGUGUCAAGCAGAUCUCAUUUACAUCAGUCACAUGCACUCUGAUCACUUAAGCUACCCUACUCUAAAGAAGCUUGCUGACCGAAGACCAGACAUUCCUAUUUAUGUUGGAAACACAGAAAGGCCAGUGUUUUGGAAUCUGAGGCAGAGUGGUGUGCCAUUGACCAACAUUCACGUAGUGCCAUUUGGGACUUGGCAGGAGGUAGAUCAAAAUCUUCGAUUCAUGAUCUUGAUGGAUGGCAUUCACCCUGAAUUAGAUACUUGCAUCAUUGUGGAGUAUAAGGGUCACAAAAUUCUCAAUACAGUGGAUUGUACUCGACCUAAUGGGGGGAGACUUCCUGAAAAGGUUGAUCUGAUGAUGAGUGAUUUUGCUGGAGGAGCAUCUGGCUUUCCGAUGACAUUCAGUGGUGGAAAGUUUACUGAGGAGUGGAAGGCCCAGUUCAUUAAAACAGAGAGGAAGAAACUCCUGAACUAUAAGGCCCAGCUGGUGAAGGACCUACAACCCAGAAUUUUUUGUCCUUUUGCUGGAUAUUUUGUGGAAUCCCACCCAUCCGACAAGUAUAUUAAAGAAACAAAUAUCAAAAAUGACCCAAAUGACCUCAAUAACCUCAUUAAAAAAAUCUCUAAUGUUUCUACGUGGACUCCUCAGCCUGGUGCUGUACUAGACCUGGGAAGAAUGCUGAAGGAUCCUACAAAUAGCAAAAGCAUCAUAAACCCUCCAGCUGGGACUAAGAUUUAUAAAGAUUCCUGGAACUUUGAACCAUACUUACAAACACUGAAUUAUGCUAUAGAAGAUGAAAUAUUUCUUCACCCAUCCUGGAUAAAAGAAUACUUCACUUGGGCUGGAUUUAAGAAUUAUAACCUUGUGAUCAGGAUGAUUGAAACAGAUGAAGAUUUCAACACUUUGCCUACUGGAUACAACUAUUUGGUUGAUUUUCUAGAUUUAUCCUUUCCAAUAGAAAGACCAAGCCGGGAUCAUCCAUAUGAAGAAAUAAGGAGCCGGGUUAGUGUUAUCAGGCAUGUGGUAAAGCAUGGAUUGCUUUGGGAUGAUUUAUAUAUAGGAUUCCAAACGCGACUCCAGCGUGAUCCUGACAUUUAUCAUCAUCUGUUUUGGAAUCAUUUUCAAAUAAAACUUCCCUUAACACCACCGAACUGGAAGUCCUUUUUGAUGCAACAAAGAUAGACUACUUCAUAGAAUCUCAAGCACUAUGAAAUGUGAAGAAUUUAUUGACAUUACUUUCUGAAGAGUUGACUACAAGAUAACACUAACCUUAUAAAUCAAUUAAUAUUGCUAUCAAUAAUUGAUUAUCAUAUUUAAAAUUUAUAUGAUCUUUUUCCUUGAAACACAUUUUCUUACAUCCAUACUCAUACAGCUGAUAUUAACAAAUCCAAUGCUUCUCCAAUAUUUGAGUCUCAAGAAUUUCUUGGUUAUUUAAUUCAAAACACUCUGUUAAAAUAUUCAUAAAUCACAAAGACAAACUAUGCCUAUUGAAAACAGAUAAAUUAUCAAAAAGCAGUUAUUGAAUUUCAUUUAAUAAACAUGUAUUAAAGGCAAUUAGGUGGUACAAUGGAUAGAGUACUGGAUUUGGAGUCAAGACCUGAGUUCAAAUUCAGCCUCAGACACUGACUGUAUCACCUGUGCUAGUCAUUUAACUUCUUUCUGUUUGUCUCAGGUUGCUCAUCUGUAAAAUGGGAAUAAAAAUAGUACUCCAAGGUUGUUGUGAGGAUUUAGCACAUUAUCUGACACAUAGCAGAUAAUUAAUGCAAUGCAACUAAAUUCAGUUCAAUAGCUAUUUAAUAAGCACCUACAGGGUUUGAGACAAAGUGAAAUGUAUGAGAAGCAGAAAAAAGGGAGUUCAAUAAUGGUUUCAGGAAUGGAGCAGAGGUAAUGAGAAGGCUAAACCAAAGAGAGUUAGGAAAGGGACUGGGGGCAGAAAUGAGGAGAAGAGCUAGGAAAGGGAAAGGAUUGAGAAGCUUAUGAGGAAGAGAAAUAAAAAGGAGAAAAAGACCUUGGGAAGAGAAAAGAAAAGAUAGGAGAAAGGUAUGGAAAUUCGAGGAAAUAGAAGGAAAAGACUUUAGUGGUUAAGAGGAAUUAGGAAGAGAAGAAACCAAAUAUUAAAAGUUACAUUUACAGUUGAGAGGAGGAAACGUUGAAGUGAUGUAAAGGUAAAUACAGACCACAUUUCCAAUUUUAUUCUAAUCUGAAAAAAAAAAAAAAAACAUACAGUAUGG